GAAAAUCUUCCCCCAAGUCUUUUUGUUCUGCAGAAUUAAGUACAACUACGCAGCGCUUCUCAUCCUUUCGCCCAGCUUCAGACUUCUCAACACACACAAACAUGGACUUUAAAUCGUUAAUGUCGGCGCAAAUCGCCAAAUCCAAACCGAAACCAACCCCGUCCAAAUCUCCAGAACAACAAGCACCGUCGACGUCCUCACAAUCACCCGCUCAAAAGUACCUCCGCCGCGCCGAGCUCGAAGCGGCCCGAGAAGCAGCCUACGCCGCCGAACAAGCACGGAUCGAGGCGGAGAGAGAAGAACGGGCGUCCAAGAAGCGCAAACUCGAAGAAGAGGAGGCCGAACGGGCAGCAGCCCGCGAAGAGAAGAAACGUCGACUGGCCGAAGAAUCACGGCGCCGUCGAGAAGAGGAGGAGCGGGAAGAGGAACGCAAGAGAAGAAAAAGACUCGGUCUCCCAGAAGAUCCACCUCUUGGUGGUGAGGAUGGCAAGACAGCAACAUCGUCCACACCCACGACGCCGACUCCCGAACAAGACAUCCCCGAUGAUGAAUUACGGUCCAAACUGCGAUCCCUCAACGAACCCGUGGCCAUGUACGACGAAACUCAUCCUUCGCGCCUGAGGCGAUACUACGGACUCACAACUCCCUCCAAGUCUUUGACGAGCAGCAACAAACCCAAACUGAGCAAUGGACCCAUCCCGACGACCCUCGAACUCGUACCCGAAAGGGACAUGUUGAUCCCGUCUGCGCUUCCACCAGCCAGUGACACCGCAGCACACGCCUACCUCUACCGCCAACUCGCGUCGUACUUCACGCUGUUGUUGGCCGAGUGGUCCUCGGCGCUGUCGUCGCGGGACCCGUCCGUCAAGGCCUCUUCCUCGGGAAAAGCCGCCCACGCCUCUUACCUUCAAGUCCUCAAAGACCUCACCCCCCUGUUCCGCCGGUUCGAGAGGGCCGACCUCGACCACGCCUUGCUCGACCCCAUCUGCCAGAUCGUCCGGUCGGCCCAGGCCCGGCGGUACGUCGAGGCCAACGACCGGUACCUCACCCUGUCCAUCGGGAAGGCCGCCUGGCCCAUCGGCGUCACCAUGGUCGGCAUCCACGAGCGCUCGGCCCGGGAGAAACUCCACGAGGCCAGCGACGGGAAACAGGCCCACAUCAUGGCCGACGAGGCCACCCGGAAGUUCCUCCAGAGCAUCAAGCGCUGCCUGACCUUUGCCCAGACGAGGUGGCCGCCCGAGGACCUGGGUCAGUUGAUGGGUUGACAACCCCGAGGAAACCUCCCGCUCCCCCCCCCUUCCCCCAAGACAUGCGGACCCCCAUGACAGGGUACAAGAGGAAUUUGGUCACAGUCACGGUCACGGCUACGGUUACAGUUACAUUGAGAGCGACCAUAUCUUUUGUAUGGUGAUCUAGAUUAUCCCGUACCUUGGCUACGAUUUUGGUGCGGCAGGCACCAGAUUAAUCCCCUCCAUGCUCCGGUUUCACUCGUACCCGGAGCACGAGUCAAGUAAUUGGCUGGCUUGAAUCGUAAAGAGAGCAAACAGAGAUUCAAGGGAAGCAUCGCAAUGAUAGUGCAGAUUGAGAAUGAAAAACGAAUUCAUUGAUCUACUCGCUCAAAGAAGCAAAAGCAAACAAGAUCCAAAAAAAGCGCUAUCAGAUACUCCCUCCCAGAUCUAUCUGAUGUCCCAGCCGACCGCAAUAGUACAUGACACCAUCUAAUCUAGUUCUAGUCUAUCCAUCGCCGUCUCCAGUACGAGGAAAACAGAGCCAUGGUAGUAUUUCAGCAGACCAAAAACAAAUCUUCGAUCCUUGGCUUGAUACACAAGGUUUCCGACCCAAUAAAGCCCGUUGAACGAUAAACAGCCUCCAACGCCAUGCAAUAAAAACACAUACAAUGUCAC